AUGGCACACCAACGACUCCCUUUUCUCUACCCGAAUCUCCUACGGUCCGUCCGAGCUUGUGAACCUACUACUUAUCGAUCUAUACGUUUCCCGGCCCAGCGAACCCAUUCCGCGGGGCUUCAUUCCAGUCGCGCAUGUGAGCAAGACACACGCUUCCAAAAACGAUAUGGGCCGGCUGUUGAGCCGCGAGGACCUUCAUCUGAAGCGUCUAACACACGGUCGGAAUCUAGCCAAAACAACGUAUCAUCAAAAGGAGAACUGGACCGGGGGACAGAAAAGGACGAUAAAGUGGAAGAUGACAAUGGACCACCCUCAAAACGAAGCGCAUCGGAAAGUGAUACCCAACCGUCUGAUAAAGAUCAAACCAAAGAUGCGGCAGCUGGGUCAGCGUCGGAAAAUGUCUUUGAUGGGAACAUUGAGCAAACCGAGCCUCCUGGCUUAAUCGAGAUUGGGUCCACUGGCGACGGCCCAUCUCAGGGUGACUUGGGAUCUAUUUAUAAAAUGUCGAAAUGCGAGCCACAAAAGGAUCAGGACCAAGCCCAACCAAAUGCUAUGGAGCCCUAUAUCCAUCCUAAUAGCCACAAACCUCCGCAUUCAGCCCCAUUUGUCCAUCACUUUGACACGUACACAAUGGUGAGAGACCUGAAUAAAAGCGGUUUUACAGAGCAGCAAUCGAUCGCCAUAGCCAAGUCAAUUCGCGGUUUACUGGCAGUAAAUCUUGAGUCAACCCGUUACAGGCUGAUGUCCAAGUCUGAUUUUGAGAACGAGGUUUACCUUUUCCGAGCAGCAUGUUCGGAGCUUCAAACCUCUAUUCAGUCGUCUCGGAAUACUGAGAUACAAUCGCAGCGAACUCGACGGGCUCUCAUACAGCAUGAGUUAGACAUUCUGACCCAACGCAUGACUCAAGACCUUUCUGGGCUAAAGGAUGACCUAAAAGAGAUGUUCAACAAUCAGAAAAUUUCGACUAGGGAACUUCAACGGUCAAUUGACACAGCAAUCCAAGAGCUCAACUAUCAAAUUACCGUAUCUCUCAACAGUGACGGGAAAAGCGAAGUAGAGGGUCUUCGUUGGGUUCUAACUCGGAGAGCCGUUAUUGCAGUUGCCACUAGUGCCAGUAUGAUUAUUCUUGCUUUAAGGUACCAAUCUUAUAAGGUUCAACAACGCGAAGCUGCAGAGAAAGCUGCAAAGAAAGCCGCGGCAGAAUCCGAAGAAGUUGCCAUCGGUGACAUUGUUCAAGUCACCAAGCAGUAA